GCCAAGCAGUUCGCGCGGCACGGCGCGGCCUCCGGGGUGGCCGCCGGAUCGCUGUGGCCGUCGCGGGAACAGCUGCGCGAGCUGGAGGCGGAGGAGCGCGAGUGGUGCCCGAGCCUGGCGGCCAUGCAGGAGUCGCUGCGGGCGCAGCAGCUGGCCGAGGAGCAGAAGCGGCAGGCCAGGGAGCAGCUCAUCGCAGAGCGCAUGGCCAAGAUGCCCGAGAUGAUCGAGAGCUGGCGGCGGCAGCAGCAGGAGCGCAGGGAGAAGGAGCAGGCGGACAAGGAGCGGCGGGCCCGGCUGCAGGCGGAGGCCCAGGAGCGCCUGGGCUACCACGUGGACCCGAGGAGCGCCCGCUUCCAGGAGCUGCUGCAGGACCUGGACAAGCAGCAGCGCAAGCGCCUCAAAGAGGAAAAACAGCGACGAAAGAGGGAGGCCCGAGCUGCCGCCAUGGCUGCCAGUGCCACCCAGGACCCAGCAGCCUCCGUGGCCCCCAGCUCCUGAGCUGUGUCCGUCCCCAAUAAAACCUGCUGCCUGAAGGCCCCAGCC